CGGCUCCUAUAUGUGGUCGGAAGACUUAUUGCGAACACCGGAAUCGCGCUCUCGACGGAGACUGCCGGGGAACAUGCCGAAGUUUUAUUGUGACUACUGUGAUACCUACCUUACACACGAUUCGCCAUCAGUGCGGAAGACCCACUGCAGUGGCCGAAAACACAAAGAAAAUGUGAAAGAUUACUACCAGAAAUGGAUGGAGGAGCAGGCUCAGAGCCUGAUCGAUAAAACAACGGCCGCCUUUCAACAGGGGAAGAUUCCUCCCACACCGUUCCCUGGUGGCCCUCCCCCUGGUGGUCCUCCUCGACCAGGCAUGCUACCAACGCCCCCCAUGGGAGGUCCACCUAUGAUGCCCAUGAUGGGGCCUCCUCCACACGGAAUGAUGCCUGGUGGACCCGGAGGCAUGAGGCCGCCGAUGGGAGGACCGAUGCAGAUGAUGCCAGGACCGCCACACAUGAUGCGUCACCCCCGACCGAUGAUGAUGCCAGUCAGGCCGGGCAUGAUGCGACCAGACAGAUAAGACCGGCUGGAUUUUCUCCGCUCUUCAUUGCCACGAACAGACACUGUCUAGUGAGGACACUUGGGUUAACACUUGGAUUUUUCAAUGCGCCUUUUUAAAUUUUUCCAAACGUCCUAUUUCUUCAACCUCAAACCUGAAGUCCCUGAUGUGAUUAUGUCAACUUGUAUAAUUACUUUAUGUUCUUUUGCCGGUAUUUAUGACUAAAUGCCUCCCAUUAGAAUUUAUUUCAUGUCCCCGUUUUAAAGACUUUUUUUUUUUUUUUUUUUUUUUUAAACGUCUCUUGUGUUAGUAUCAAGUUUGAAAUAUCUCGUCCCACUUUGGCAAAAACUGUUCAGCACACACAUUCAAAGAGCGUGUUUGAUAUGACAAUAUUUGUGCGUAUAUUUUUACUUUUUGUUUUAGGGUUUUUACAUAUUUUUGUUAUAUUUCAUUGCAAUGCUUUGAGAAAUAAAAAGUGAUUUCAAAGCCA